AUGGUAUACUCGAUCGAGCUGGGCUAUGACCCAGAGGAAUGGGAGGAAUGUCCAGAAGAUGAGUAUUUCAUGCUGUUCGGCUUCUUUACGAGGAUGUUCCUGUCGUUGGUUGCUGUUGGCACGACUGCUUUGCUAUUUUGGUUCAUUGAAGCACGAAAACAAUGGGCUAAACUCGCUAAAGACACCACUGAGACACAACAAGCACCGAUCUAUAUUCAAACGGUACACGCUUACCAAUUAAACGUGCAUCUCGAUUCUAAGCAGUAA